CAUCACUCACUCUCCUCCAGCAGAGAGAGCGUCUGUCGUUCAGUUCUCCGUUAAAGCGGAGCGGUGAUGGCCACUUCAGGUGCGUCUGCGCAGUUGUCCCCGUUAAAAAACAAACUUCUCGCGUACUAAACUCCUCACUUUGGUCCGGUGUUUGCUUUAUCCUCCCUCCUGAAGACAAUCCGACCGGGGAGAAACCAUAAAAGCGAGGCAGAGGAGUAGCGGUCUUCCUCUCCGCCGGGUCCCGACACUUUGAGCCGGGAGCGCUUCCAGCGAGCCAGAGGCUGAAAGCUGCCAAUGAGCCCAUGAUUUCAUAAGCAGCGGCCAUGGCUGCCCAUCGAAUCGUCCGAGUGAGCAACAACCACAUCCUGCCUCGCUGUAAGUCUGAGGGGACGCUCAUCGACCUCAGUGAAGGAGUGUCUGGGGCCAGUCUCAAUGAUGUUAAAGUGCCAUCUUCCAGUGCCUUAAAGCUGGACACUCAAGACUCGCUGGGAGCUGCACAGGAGGUGGUUGCUAUCAAGGAUUACUGCCCGAGCAGCUUCACCACACUGAAGUUCUCCAAAGGGGAUCGCCUCUACGUGCUGGACACGUCGGGGGGAGAGUGGUGGUACGCCCACAACAACACGGAGAUGGGAUACAUUCCAGCCGCUUACGUCACGCCGCUCAACCUCAGGAACUCUUCGCUAAGCGACAGCGGGAUGAUCGACAGCCUCGGGGAAGGGUAUGAGGACGGGGGGAAGGAGUUUAGAGGUCUUGGGGAGUGGAUGGGGAUGAGCCUGAAGCCCGCCAGCAUUUACAACAACACUCCUUUUUCAGUGAACCCCUUUGUCUGUCCGUUGAAUCAAAACUCCAAAGACGUGGGUGUGAGGAACUCGGCGGAUCUUAUUUACUUGGACUCUCUGGCAUCACCGUCAUCUUGUUCAAACAGCUGCACAAUUACAAGCAAUGGGUUUAGCAGCUUCCAUAUCAAUGACCUCGACUCAACCAGCCCAAACCAAGAGGUUUCACCCAACUUCCAGAGAGACAAUCCCUUUUUCAAGAGCAAACGUUCGCACAGUCUGUCCGAACUGUCCGUCCUGCAGCAACAGUCAAAUCCAACUCUACCGUCGUCUGGAUUCUUUACGGGCCUGACAGCUCCUUUACCGGAACAGUUUCAGAGCAGAGAGGACUUCAGGACCGCCUGGUUGAACCACAGAAAACUAGCGAGGUCCUGCCACGACCUCGACUCUUUGGGCCAGAGUCCCGGAUGGGGUCAGACCCAACCGGUGGAGACCAACAUCGUUUGCCGGCUGGACUGUAACGGAGGCGUGGUUCAGCUUCCCGACACCCACAUCAGCGUACACAUCCCUGAGGGGCACGUCAGUCCCGGUGACUUCCAGCAGAUCUCCAUGAAAGCCUUACUGGACCCUCCUCUGGAGCUGAACGGCAACCACUGCUCCACCGUAAGUCCCGUGGUGGAGCUCAAGCUCAGCAAUAUGGAGACAAAGUCGUUUAUAACACUGGAGAUAAAAGUAUCGGUAGCUGUGAGGAAGGAGAGUUGUCACGUUGCCGAUGUGCUUUGUGUUCGCAGUGAUUGCAAAGAAGGGCCUUACACCCCAAUACCCAAUGCCUACAUUUACAAAGAUACAGUGCAGGUGCAGCUGGGUAGUCUGGAGCCUUGCAUGUACGUAGCUGUCGUGGUGCAAUCACAAUACAUCAGCCACAACACGACGGUCUGGGACCACAUGCAGAGAAAAGUCACUCUGGGGGUAUACGGACCCAAACAUAUCCACCCUUCAUUCAAGACAGUCGUGGCCAUGUUUGGGCAUGACUGCGCCCCCAAGACAUUGUUGGUGAAUGACGUGACAUGGCAGGGGGCCUCCACUCCACCAGUGGCGCUCCAGCUGUGGGGGAAGCAUCAGUUCGUGCUGACUUUCCCGCAGGACCUGCAGAUUGGACUGUACUCCAACAUGUCCAACUACCAGGUGAAGCCGAGCGAAGGAGCCGGGAUAAUUCGGGGAUUCCAGCUAAAACUGGGGAAGGUUAGCAGGCUGCUCUUCAUGAUCACGUCGCACAACCCCGACAGUAUCUCAGACUUCACUCUCAGGGUCCAGGUUAAGGACGCUCUAGACUGCAUCCUGACCCAGUUCUGUGUCCAGACUCCACAGCCGCCACCGAAAACCGGGGCGAGGAUCACCGGCCAGCGGAGGUUUCUGAAAAAGAGCGAGGUCGAUAAGAUCGUACUGUCGCCUCUGGCCGUCACGUCAAAGCACCCAAAGUUUCAGGAUCGGUGCAUUACUAACCUGAAGUUUGGUAAACUGAUUAAAACGGUGAUCAGGCAGCACAAGAGCACGUACCUGCUGGAGUACAAGAAGGGGGACGUGAUCGCUUUACUCAGCGAGGAGAAAAUCAAACUGCGAGGGCAGCUGAGGACCAAGGAGUGGUACAUUGGAUACUACCAGGGAAAGAUGGGGCUGGUGCACGCCAAGAACGUUCUAGUUCUCGGUAAGGUCAAGCCCAUUUAUUGGUGUGGGCCAGACCUCACCACCACGAUGUUGUUGGAUCAGAUCCUGAAGCCUUGCAAGUUUCUCACCUACAUCUACGCGACUGUGAGGACCGUCCUGAUGGAGAACGUUGGCAGCUGGAGGGCGUUUGCGGACGCUCUUGGAUACGGGAACCUGCCGCUGAAUUACUUUUGUCGGACCGAGCUGGACAACGAGCCGGAGAAGGUGGCGUCGGUUCUGGAGAAGCUGAAGGAGGAGUGCACUAACAUGGAGAACAAGGAGAGGAAGUCCUUCCAGCGGGAACUCAUGAUGGCGUUGCUGAAGAUGGACUGCCAGGGUCUGGUUGCUAAGUUGGUCCUGGACUUUGUUUUGUUGACCACGGCGGUGGAGGUGGCGUCAAGGUGGAGAGAGCUGGCUGAGAAACUGGCCCGGGUGUCCAGGCAGCAGAUGGAGGCAUACGAGGCGCCACAUCGUGACAAGAACGGCGUCCUCGACAAUGAGUCUAUGUGGAAACCAGCCUACGAUUUUCUGCUGACGUGGGCCGCCCACGUAGGUGACAGCUACCGGGACGUGAUCCAGGAACUCCAUCAUGGUCUGGACAAAAUGAGGAACCCCAUCACUAAGAGGUGGAAACACCUGACCGGUGCGCUGAUCCUCGUAAACUGCCUCGAUAGCCUCCGCAGUGCCGCCUUCUGUCCCACCGGUUAUGGGGACUUUGCAGUUUGAACAUUAUGUUCUGCCUUGGAAAACAUUUUAAGCUCUCCAGUGGAUGGUGGAAGUUACUCUAACCCAGCUCUGAAGCAAAAAUGUGUCCAAAUCUCAAGGGUUCUGAUCAGCACCUGAUCUUCAGGACAUACGGAAACUUUAGCUAGCAGCCCUGCUGCAUUUGUUUCUAACCCAUCUUUAUUUUCUGUCUACAUCUUGGUUUUCUACUUAUUACUACUUCUUCCUUUGGUGUACUUGUGUCCUUUUUCUACUUUGUAAAUAACUCCUGUCACAAUCUGACACCAGUUUGUUGUUUGUCCCAAUAUAUUUCCCUUUCUUUACCCUCAGGAGAACAUCGGAGACCUCACUUACCACAGUAAAAAAGAAAACAACGCUGCAAACUGUCUGUGUAAAACAAUUUGAGUUUCCAGCAGAACUUAUACCUGUUUACGUUAACCCCCAUUA